GGCCGGUGAUUUAUAAUGAGAGGCAAAAAUAAUGCGGAGUCACGUCACGUGUCGACGAAGACGGGAAAAUAGAUGUGGCGGAGGGCUGGGGUGAAAUUUGAGCACCAAUCUGACAGUUGCUGGGCUCUGUAUACAUACCGUAACUUGACGGAUAAAAUUUCUGGAACAGCGGAUUCUGCGAGGGUCUCGUCCAAUAAUUCAUUAUAGGUCGUUCUCAAGAAUAUGAAGGAAGGCGCGAAUCCGUUCUUAGAAGGACUUCAAUUACCACUCCACAUUCCAAUACGCGAUAAUCAUGCCGAGGCUGCUGCAACGUUGAUCGAUCAAGGAGUACCGUUAAGUCAACAUAUGUUUCUCCAUGCGACACGGCUCAAGUCUUAUGUGAUUCUUAAAGCAUUCAUCCAUAGAGGUUGGGAUAUCAACGCAUGCCUCGAUUACUGGACACCUCCAGCUCUUGCCUUUGCUUUGGAUGACGAGACUAGUGUGAAUUGGUUUUUGGAGAAUGGCGCUAACCCUGACGCGCAAUGCGACAGCGGCUGUACACCAUUGUCAAUGGCAGUCAAAGUGGCGCCAAUGGAGACCAUCAAACUCCUACUAAGCCGCGGUGGCACUAUUAAACAUGGCUGGCUGCUGCACUACGUUGCGAUGCGAGAGUUGGCGGAUUGCCUUGAGGUUCUGGAUCAUCUCCUUGGGCGGGGUCUUCUUGUGAACAACGUGAUGUACAGAGCCUUGGGCACUGGUACAGGAUCAGCCUUACAUUUCGCCGCUGGGAGGGGACAGUUAGAUAUAGUGAAGCGUCUUGUUGAAAAGGGUGCCGAUCCACUAGUUAGGGAUCCAACUGGACAACUGGCGAUCCACUGGGCACAAAACCGUGACUACGAAUCAGUUGUUGACUUUCUUCGACCACUCUCCAUAUUUGGUUAACAUAUGAUGGUAUCGUUGAUGUCAACAACCAACGUAAAGUUCUAACGCCAGUAGCGCUUGGAAACAAUAAUGAGAUUCAUGAAAU